CCGCGGACUCGUUUAGUCGUGAGAAUAAUGCCAAAUGUAUGGUCACACUGUCUGCGCAUUAAUAAAUAGUGCGCACGUCACAAAAAAACAACACAAUUGCGGCCAAAAUUUUGCUAAUUUUCAGGCGUCUAACGCACCCGAGCACACCAAAAUUUGCCCAACAGCAGCCCACAAAAGUGUCGACCAGCGAAGCCAUGCACAGCUGUGUCCUGCUGCCAGAUGCAGCCAACUACCAGCCGGAUACCCUGGACUUAAAUACAGACGCCAAAGCGGCCGCCUAUUGGUUUCCCUGCUUUCGCGACAUGGUUAUCAAAUUCGCAAAGCAAGCGGCCAAAUCGCAGGCGGAGGACGCAACGGCCGAGCAGCGAGCGGAGCAGUUCAAGACGGCCUAUCUCCAGCAAUUGGAUUACCAUCAAAGCAAUAUUGCCAGCAACAGCGGAAGGGUGAUCCUGGGCACCAGCGAGCUGCUCAAACUGAACGAGACCAUGCUGCGUCGCUUUGGCUUCACGGAUCCGUGGCGUAGUCAAAAGCAGCUGGAGAAUGCCUCGGCAAAGGCGCGACUCAAGCUGCGGCUGGAGGAGAUUGAUGCCAUCGAGAAUCAGGAUGAUAAAUGGACGGAGCUCGUGCGCGGCGUGCUCGCGGGCAACAUGUUCGACUGGGGCGCCCAGGCCAUAUCUAACAUACUGGAGCAGGACAGCAGCUUUGGCCUACACUCCGCGUUGGAUAGGAUAGAGAAGCGGCCCUGGCUGCUGGACAACCUCGACAAUUGGCUGAAGCGCCUGAGAAUCAGCAGCGAGCAGCCGCCGCACAAAUGCGCUGUGGUAUUUGUGGACAACAGCGGCGUGGAUGUGGUGCUCGGCGUACUGCCCUUUGUCCGUGAGCUGCUGAAGCGCGGCACCAAGGUGCUGCUGUGCGCCAACAGUGAACCCUCGCUGAACGAUGUGACCAGUCAGGAGCUGAGCGCGCUGCUCGAGGAGUGUGCCUGCGAGUGCGCUGUGUUGUCCUCCGCCUGGUCCACCUCCCGCCUGCUUGUCUACGCCAAUGGACAGUCCGGACCCUGCUUGGAUAUGCGCACGUUGCCGCGCGAGCUGUGCGAUGCCAUAGCUGCCAAUGAGACUGAUCUGCUCGUGAUUGAGGGCAUGGGACGGGCCCUGCACACGAACCUCAAUGCGCAGUUCAGCUGCGAGACGCUGAAGCUGGCCGUGAUCAAGAAUCGCUGGCUCGCCAAGUACCUGGGCGGCGAUGAGAUGUUUGCCGUCAUCUGCAAAUACGAAGCGAUCAGCUAGUCGAGCGCCUAUGCCAGACUCCUUGUUAUGCUGUUGUUGUUGUUGGGAUCCGUGUGAGAAGAGCCAUUGUUUAAUUUUUGGAAAAUAUUGUUAUUGUUUGAUCCAAUUCAAGUCACAGUCACAGUCCAUCCCCAUCGCCAGGAUUCAUCCCCCCCAUUGAGAUUCAUAUUUUAUAAUUUUUUGUGUAUUGUUUUAUUUAAAUUAUCGUGUAACUAAAGUGCUUUCAAGUGGUUUCAAACCCACAUUUCUAUAUCUGCUCGGCAUUUUAAUAAUUAAAAUUAUAAAUAACAAA